AUGUUGCCAGAACUUCAGGAGUGUCUUAAAACGGUGCAGGAUAAUCUGUAUCAUGGAUUCAUACCGACUGAUAAGAGCGGUCUCCAGUGGCUUAAUUCCGUAUGCGCUGAUUUGCAUCGUCUUUUACGGAUUGUCCACAAGCAUCUCAUCUUUGAUGGAAAUGGCAACGUUGGAGUGCUUGAAGCAAGUUUCCUGUGCAUCUCACAGAUCGUUAUGUGUAUCCGGUGGUUGGAAAAAACAAUCUCCACUGAACUCGAUACGCCAAGCAAACGUCAAGGCUUGCCGCAAGCAAGGCAAUGCUUUCUAGACCGAAUUAUCUGGUGCCUGGAACGGCUUAAAUCCGUACUGGAAACCGAAGUUUCACCCGAGAGUAUCUCCGACUCGAACUUUGUCAGCUAUCUAGACUUGGCGCUCAGCCUGAUAGCUCCACUAACCGUUGCCAGUGAUGCAGAGUGCGCGGAAGAUGAAUAUGAAACGAAGUACAACGAAGUCAUCGUGGAGAGUGGCCGUAUUCGCUCGGUCGUGGAAGCAUUAAUAUCGCAAACGUUCGGCUUUUGCAAUGUACUGCCCGAUGCGGACAGAAAACGCAUUUCCACCAUUUGUCAAAAAGUCCUCAAGGAAUGCAUUGCUCUGGAGCGGGAAAACGACGGAAAGGACUCGAGUGACAAAAAGCUGCGUGUAAGCAUUCUUGAAAGUGCCAUCUAUCAGCUGGAAACACACGUCAACGAAUGUCUGAUACGACUGGUGUACGACACAUUCGGUGACAACGAUCGCCGGCUACUUGCGCAACUAAGAACCAGCAUCAGUUCCGGCGUAAGCGAGGAGCAAAUAGACGAGCUUACCAAACCGUUCGAUAACUUUGUCGAGCGUUUGAUGCAGAUAGGACUGUUUGCCAUAUCGUACGCCGAUAAUCUGAAAAUAUCGGCCGCCAUUCGUAGCUGUUUGGCCUCGUUGGAAGCACUCGAUUCGUAUCUUAUUCCCUCGCUGUACGUAGGAACGGACAGCAAUUCGAUGGUGCUCGAACAACACUGGCUAGAGGAAUCGGCAACGUUGUGCGUGCUGGUGCACAAAAUAAUCGACACCAAUGCAUUUGCUCUAUCACUAAUUGAGCUGUUAGACGAAGCACUGGAUGCAUUGCAGUUAAACUUCAACCUACCGCAAGCGCUCGCAAUGGUUCGUAAAGCGGAAAUAUUUCUACACCAUCUAGAAAUCAAUUCGCUCGAAGUAAUGUUGCAGGACAAGAAUCUUAAGAUCCUCUACGGUGAUUAUCGUACGAUGGUGCUAGAAUGUCGAGCGAUCGUAAAAUGUGCCGAAAAGGACACGAACAUUGAUUCGUCGCGCAUUAUCAAACGUUUCCGAGUGCUUCAGGCAAAAUUACGCAAAAUGCAAGUCGCUAUUAACACUGAUAAGGACGUAAAAACAGCGCCCGAGGAUGAUCUUAUAUCCCACAAGCAGGAUAUAUUGUCUACCAUUUCGGAACCAUCCCCGGAGCGGCGUACAAUUGUGGCGAACCUACAGGAACUGAUUUCCGCCAGCCAAAUGCGCAUGUCGUCCACAAACAUUCUGUACCGUAGCCGUCGUGGCGAGCCAGGAAAGAGGAGAUUAGAAGCGGCAUCGUUGCUUGAAAUAAACACAUUUUCCGAUAUCAUCGCUCACCGAAGAGAUCGUGCCGUAACGACGCCUGAGAAGGGUUCGAUCAGAAGGAAGCCAUUAAGAAGAAACAGCCUGCGUGUGGCAAUGUUCAAAAAGCAGCAGCGCGAUCAAACGGCGGAGUUGUACGAAAGCAUUAAAAGUGACAUCGAUUUGCAGAUUACAGACAUACUCGAUGAGUUAACAGACUUAUCGAACACGUUCUCAACGCAUCCUUCAAGUAAGUUAACGUCCUCUGAAGAUAAUCCAUCAACGACAAUUAUUCGCAAGUCUAUCACCAAUGAGGAGAUAGCGGUCGUAGAUGGUAAUAAAAUAAGAAUCAACAUAUACACUGAUAUAUGA